AUCUCUACUUUUAUAUCUUUACUUAUUGAAUUUUAUCACCAGGAUUUACAUGGCUGAAGCCGCUGUUCCUAAGGUAAUGAUAUCCUUUAUCAUAGCCUGCUUCAAGGAAGGUCGAGUGGAUGGUCUGGAGGAAGCUCUGAGCAUACUGCAGCUAAUUAGAAUUUCACCAGCAGAAACUAAACUCAUUUUUUCGGAUCAAUAUAAUCAUCAUAUAAUCGAAUCACUGACAUGGGUAUUAGGAUGUGAAUUCAGAAACCAUUUAACCAUUAAAUCCCACGCUGUGAUGGUACUAAAAUCAGUCGUGGAAAACUCGAAGUCUAGUUUUCUUGAAAGACUUAAACCAGAACUCUUUGCGCAGAUCAUGCCUUUAAUGAGACAGGAUGGCGGCGUCACUCAAGAAGGAUUGAAAGCUGCUUUGCGCCUUUUAUUACACGUUUGUCCGUGGAGCAGAAACAGGAGAAAGAUGAUUGAAAACGGUGCGGUGUCAACCCUUCUCGAUCUCGAGCUUGGACAGCUUGAGAGGAGGAGCACAGAGCUUGUUCUGGGGAUACUGUUCCAUUUAUGUUCUUGUGCAGAUGGGAGGGCGCAGUUUCUUGCCCAUAAAGGCAGCAUUGCGGCAGUGACGAAGAGGAUCAUGAGAGUUUCCGCGGUAGCUGAUGAUCGAGCUAUUUUGAUCCUUUUGUUGAUGUCGAGGUUUUCUAGGACCAAAAUUGUUUCUGAAGAAAUGUUGAAAGUUGGAGUAGCUGCAAAGCUUUGCAUGCUCCUGCAGAACGACUGUGCAACAUAUUUGAAGGACAAAGCGAUGGAAAUUCUUAGAUUGCAUUCUGAUGUUUGGAAAGAUUCCCCUGAUAUUGAUAGAAAUGUCUUGACGAGGUAUAUCAAGGGGAAUACACAAUCUCUUUAGAUGGUACUAUUAUAUAUAUAUAUCUUGUUAUAGAAACAUGUUUUAUUGUACGAGCUAACCGGAAAAACAGUCAAUUCGGGCAUGAAAAAUCUAUUAUGUGAUUAAUAAAUGGCAAAGAAAAUA